AUGUUUCCUAAUAACUUGAUAACGACACCUCCAGUUAAUUUUAUUCUGGAAGAUAAAAACUUUUUGCACUGGGCUAAACAGGUAAUCUCAAAAAGUUAUAUAUCAUUUUUUUAAAUAAAUUAUUUUGUUUAGGAAGAAUCCCGAGAAACGGAUUCGAUAAACCUGUACUUAGCGAUUACUGAUUUCGAAAAACGACUAGAAUCUAACAAAGUUCCUGAAUUAGCACUUGUUAAACUUGCCAGACAUAUUCAUCGAAAAUUUGUGAGGUAUUUUGUGAGGCAUAUGUCUUUUAGAAGUUAUGAUUUGUUUUAUUUACAUUUAGCCUGAACACCGGAUCAUGUAGUUUUCUCGAAACUCCACUUCGCACUCAACAAUCGACAAGGAUACAUGAGGUUGGUUGGUUAUUUGCCAAUACUUGUCAUCCACGUUCAUAGAACAUUUUUGUGUUUAGCUACUCGAAGGAAAACUUCCCUACAAAUCAUUAUUCGAUCCAUUGAAACCAUCAAUCACUAAAAUGAUAAGUUCCAAAUAUUCUGAAUUCACGUUGAGAAGGAAACCUGACAUUCCGAAGGUAGAAAGUGUGAGUUGAGGAAAGUUUAGUCGGGGAGAUCAAUAAACUAUUUCAGUGGCAAUCAGCUUCAUCUAGCAAUUCAGAAAAACAAGGAGCGUAUAUUUGGUGAGUUGGAACUUUUUUAUGUUAGGUUUUUUAUUAACGAGAAUAUCUGGGAUUUCAUUAGUUGAGCUGAUAUGAACAAAACUGAGAAAAAUAAUAUUAAAAAAAGUCGGAAAAUUCCCUGGAGAAAGAUGAUAAGAAUAAAUUGGAUAAAUCUCUUCGAUUCCUCAAAUCAAAAAUUUUCAGGUUCAACGAAGAUGCAAUUGAUCAAUCAUCUCGACAUGAAUUAGGAACUACAAUUGCUCAUGAAAAUGAAGAUGAUCGAUUUGCAUUUUUCAAUGAAGUUUGUAAUCGACUCAAUGAUCUACAGUAAGAAUUAUAUUCCAUUCAUUGAAUUUUCAUCAAUCCUUUUUCAGAGAUAUUCAUACAUCUAAUAUUAGCAGUCCAAAAGAUUCAAGAAGUUCACAAUCAUCAAAAAUGAGCCCUUAUGGUAUUGAUGGUUUCGCACCUCCUCCUCCAAUUUCUCUUCAACCUCCAAAUAAUCUUCCGAAAAGAUUUGAAAGUUUAUAUCGGAAAAAACGACAACAAAAAUCUGAAACAAGUAGUGGAUUUGGAAGUGCAGCAACUGAUUCAUAUAGCGAAAAGUUUCGAUCUUUAGAUAGAACAAAUCGAAAUAAUAUUAUAAAUAAUGGAUUUUUAACACUUCAACCCAAGAAAUCACGUGCACCUAGACAAAUACCGUUUUUACAAAUUGAAUUGAGAUAUGAGAAUGAUGUUCCAAUGGUUGCAAGAAUCCAAAAUCAGGCCGUAACAUUUAGAUAUUUCAGACAUUUAUUUGGUGUCGAUUACAACGAUAACUGCAGGUUUGAACCCUUUUUUCCUUUUUUUUGCAUUAAAAAAUUGUUUAUUUUCAGAUUUUUCUUUAAAAGUAUAUGCGAAGACAAUUCAGCAUCAUAUCAAUGGACUUUAAUUUUGAAUGAUGAUGAUAUUCUACCAUUAUUUCAAGAUAGAAUUACAGCUAUUUGCAGAUUAUGUCCAUCAAGUGAUUUAAUUUAG